AUGUUUACCGCGGAAGAGAAACCUUUACCGUGGAAAAGCAAUGGUUAUCGUGGAAGAGCCAUGUUUACCGUGGAAGAGCCAUGUUUACCAAUUACCGUUGAAGAUCCAUGUUUACCAUGGCAGAGCCAUAUUUACCGUGGAAGAGCUAUGUUUACCGUUGAAGAUCCAUGUUUACCGUGGAAGAGCUAUGUUUACCAUGCCAGAGCCAUGUUCACCGUGGAAAAGCCAUGUUUACCGUGGAAGAGCCAUGUUUACCGUUGA